AUGGAAGUCCAGCUUCCAGUCGGCAAUACUUCUACUAUGACAAAUAACGGACAGAGAAUUGGUGAUUCUUUCUACCAUAACUAUUCUUCACAACACCCAUACCAACAGCAUCGACUCCCUGAUGCGGAUGUGUCUCGCAAUCAAGCUUCUAUAAGCGUACCUACCCUGAACACAUAUUCGUUUGACGGUGAUUUUCCAACAUCACAGCAAUAUUCACAAUACUCACAAAACCCUGAAUAUUCUCAACAAUCGCAACACCUACAAUACUCGCAUCGUCCACAAAAUGGCCCAACACCAAGGAUCUCCGUUCAUCCUGUUCAGCCAUAUGAAGGGCGUACAUCAUCGUUGACAUCGUUGACAUCGCGGAUGUCCAGUCGACGACCUCAACCGCCUCUUUCUCAAUAUUCACCCAAUAUGUCACAGUCUCCUUCUGUUUCUCAAAGAUCAAAGUUAGUUAUUG